AUGUCAUCACUGCAAGUUCAAGGGACCCACUCACAAGAUUCAGUCACGACAGAUAGUGAUGGGUCCAAAGUUGGAGAAGUCAUCUUCUUGCUGAAUAGCCUUCCAAUUAUAGAGCAUCAUCCUGGGCCACUGCAACGAAUUUUAUCAAGUGAACUAAAUGCUGCUGGCUUGAUACGUCAUAUCAUUGUCGAUUUUGGAGAAAUUGGUUGCUAUGAGAUCAAAACCAAUGCAAGGCCAAUGAACCGAGUAGUCCCAUUUACAAACCAACUGCGUCGAUUAUUCCUAACUGGAUCAGUUCUCAACGAGAACGGUGAAGAUGUUUGGCUGGUGAGAGACCACUUCUCAGUAUUACUGUCCACUACACCUACAAACUUCAGAAAAAUAGGCUGCAUUCAUGGAACUGGUUUUUUAAACCAUGAACCAGGGCCCAUCGGGAACUUAGAUGAUUACAUCAGAGCUGCAUCUAAUGAACAAGUUCUUCUGUUUGUGAUUGGUCGGAUGGACCCUCGGAUUCUGUCACGCGUCGAUGAUCUUGUGAACGUUAUUGAUUAUCCUAGACCCACUGAUGAAUUGAAUCGUAUAAUCGAAUUGCUGGAGCAUAAAUGGGGCAUUGCUUAA